CGUACCGCUGCCUCGACAAACGGCCCUGUCUUCUUUUGAGAAGGCGACUACCGCUCUAUUCGCUGCAUGUGCAUCUCGCGGUCGACGAAGCGCCGCUAUCGCUAUGGGUUAACCUAAUUCCCGGAGCGUACGCACGGUUGCCGUCUUCACCGGUUUACGAGACUCUUCGACGCAUUCUCGGAUGUCGUUUUUCGAUAUCCCCUUGCCCGCCUUGGCCGGCUUGCAUUCACAUACCCCUUCACAUCCCCUCCCACACACAUGUUUCUGCCGUCCACUGCGCCGGCGCCGCCGGCACACCCCUCAGAUGUCCCUAGAUCUGCUUUACCGACGCCAGGUACACCUAAUCUCGUACGGUCAUAUCCCAUACUCGUACGGCGAAUGCGGUCGGUCAGCCACAGCCGAGCUUUUCGAGCGCGCUCAUAAUCCCCGUCCCCUGCGUUGUCCCUGGCACGGGCUGUGCCGCUUUACGCUAGGCACAUAUGUGUCGAUGCCGGCGCUUUCCCCGUCCUCAUACGGCUUCCAGCCAUCUCGAAAGACCGCAGCAGCAGUUGCGGGAACGAUACGCCUUGCAUCGGGGUCGUGAAUAUCUAUUGUUCUCGUUACGUCCUCAGCCGCCGCCAUUCGUGGCUGGCUCCGCAUGCCUGGGUUAUGGCAACCCCAGCGUGCGAUCGCGGCAGCUCGCUCGGGCGCCGAGACCUCAGAAGCCUCACUAGGGCGGCGGCGGACGUGCACGUUCCUGGUGUCUGGGAGUGGGAGGGCGACUGCGGCCACAUCUCUGCUAUUUAUGACGCAUCCACGCGCAGCAUAUCGUUGGGCUCCAUGUCGGACUUCUUUGAUCAUUAGCAACAACGUACAUACUGCAUUCGCGUUUCUCCGGACCUGUAGCCUAUAGCUAAUUGUACUGUGCAUUUGACACGCGCACUUCCGUAUUUUCUCGCAUCCGUCCCCCUUUGAUCCUGCCAUAUCCGAUAUGUUCUCUUAGCAUACAAUGUCGAAGCUGCUCUCUCACGUUUUCUGUUUGUCCUAGCAUGCUUUUGCUACUCAAUUCACACAACCAAGC